UGCUGGCUGGCGUAGAGAGAGCAGGGUUGCAAUGUUGUGCAAUGCUGUUUGUCUGUGUGAAGCUGGCAUGGCCCCCGUUUCUCUGCUCCUCUGCAUCUGGUCGUCAUUACGUAAGGAGGGGAGGGUAUAAAGCAGGGUGCUGACGGGGCUGGGCCCCAGUGCCUGGACCAUCAUGGAGGCUGCUCUUUGGGUGUGCCUAAGUUUUCUCUGUCUGCAGGGCAGCUUGCUCCAGUUCACACAUGGUGCAGACUGUACUGGGACAUCACAGGGGAAGAACUGUGUCAGCGGGCAGACCACCGGAGGAAAGAAUGCAGGGCUUGUGCGCCGGAUGCCAUCUGCUGCAAGAAAGACCCAUAACCAUAAACAGCCACAGAUGUGGCUAGAUGACAUGCCAUCGGAUGUGCCAUUGGACAGACAGAAGAGACAGUUGGGAAGGAACUCCCUCCUUCCUGGGUCCUUCUCAGCCAAGGGCUUCCCCAACACACUCAUCAAUGUUCAGACAGAGCGGGCCAGGAGACACCUAGGCCAGUCUGGGACUAAGAAGAACAAGUAUAAAUCCAGAGUGGGAUCCUUCUCUCUCCUCAGCAACAACAACCCCAGUGCCUCCCUACAGGUAACCAGAGUACGGAGGCAGGUGCAGAAUGAGAGGAAGAAGGCGAAGCCAAAAGGACGACCCGGAGCGUAUUCCUUAAUUUUACGACCCGCCGCACCCCAAACAAUCCCCCUGAGUAAAUCAAUCGACUAUCCAAUCAAUCAAACUUUUUUGUCCCCAGAGCUAAAUUCUGUUUGCAAGCAGGGGACAGAGAUGCAAGAGGAGCGCACAGAAGAAAAAACAGGAUUGUUUGUUCCUAAAAACAUUUAAUUAAACAAGUGAUUUGCUGAAGCGCUACUGCUUUAAUAGUUCAUGAACUGUACUUUAUAUAUUCUCUUUGUAAACAUAUUGGUUUUACAUGUAUUAUUUUAAAAUGUUAUAUUAUAAUAUAUACGUAUAAUAGAAACACAUCGCUGAGGACAAGUAUACAGUUUCUUUGAGAGCCCCUUUAAUAUUGUCUUUUAUGAUCUGCUGAUUUACACUUAAAUUUUUUUUUUUUUUUUACAGAAUUGUACUUUUGAAAAGGUGAUUCUUUGGUAAUUCUGUGCAUAUAUCAGAUUCAAAUGAAGGCAAAAUGUAGGAGGAUACUUCAUGAGAGCUUUCCCCAGCUUCUACAUCUGCAUUGCUUGCUGUUUGUACAGCGCUUUGUGACAUCAGCUGAUGUAAAAAUGGCUUUAUAAAUACAUUUGAUUGAUAAGG